AUGCCAUCAAUGAAACCGGGCUAUAGCCUCUCGGCUAGGCCGUUGGGCGGGUAUGGUUCCAAGAAGAGCCAAGACGAAUGGCCUGGUGGUUCCAUACCGAGAUGGGUAGAUUGGUCCGUGUCAAAGGAUGCUGAGUUGCCUCGUUCGGAGAGACAAGUAGCAUCUACGCCAAAGCCAUCAACCAGAGGUCCACAGGUUCCGGUUUCCAGGGUUUCCGUCUUCCCGACGUCGUCUGCUAAAUCACUCCCCGACACAGAACCCAGGUCAUCACGAACUACAGGCGGUAGGGCAUCAUCAUCAGACUUCGCAGCGUCACAUCAUCCAGCGGGAUCCGGCUCUUCAUCUUCAGGCAGAUUGUUCGACAGCACCUCAAGGGCCACCCACCCAUUGUACAAGAGGACUAGACCCUCCGUCGCUCGAAAUACCGCGUCGUCGCACAAGGACCCGGGGAGCACAAGUUUGUCGUCAGGCUCAACACACCACUUCCCGGGCUCGCCCAAACCAGGACUGAGCCAUGGGCAUGAGCGAGAAGGUACCCAGAGCUCAGCAGGGACGCGAGUAAAAGAGGAAGUCGAGACUCAAAAGAUGUUGGCACAGCCCCCGAUGAUAUAUCCGGAACUGGAUCGCUAUCGUGAUUUCCAACGUCCGGAGUACUCGAUUCGGCGACAUGACAUUGAUGUUCCACACCGAUUGACGACAGAUGACCUUCCUCCACCAACACCUGGAUCGUUGCUCUUCUCCGGAGGAAGCAGCCAGGUAAGUGCCGUGAGUGGCAGUCCUUCAACCAAGUUCUCCGAAUCUCCUGGUCCGGGGCCCUAUAGUCGAGACACUACACCUACGUCAAUUUCGUCGCAGUCGCCUGUUUUUGUCGCUCCGAGCCGCAUUGGAGCCUCCCACAGGAAUGGCCGGCUGCCCAGUGCGACUACAACUAGGCCUCCUGUUACGAGAAGACGGGCUGGAAGCCUUUCCAACGAACUGGACACAGAGGCAGUUGAUCUCCAUGGACUGGCAGCUGUCAGAGAAUCUGUCACAUCAUCCUCCUCAAACUCGACGGUCAAAGAAGGGGAGAGGGACACGAGAAAGAAAGGAGCAAAAGGUAGGCAUCUGCCACCUCCGCCCCCAAGCCCGCCACCUAGGAAGUCUUCGCAGAAACUCGGCAAAUCAGCGACCAAAGAUGCCACUGAAGCAAGUAGAUCUCAAGCCACUGGGGAAAGCAAUGCCCCAAUGGUUAGCUCUUUCGUGCCGUCCUCGCAGACACUUCAGGCAGCCCCUCCAGCUCGCCCUAGUCGGCACAACACCCCGGAUAUGAAGUCACAAUUGCUCAGCGUCACACCCGUAAUACAAAGUAACCUGACAUCUACCGUGCGUGCCUCGGAGGGUCGCAACAAUACCACCCUUGGGGCGACAACACCCGGACCAACGACUUCCCCAAGAUGCAUCAAACAUACCGGGUCCGCCUCGGACAUCUCUGGAUCUGCUCGCGACGGCGCCAUUGUGCCCUUGAAAACCCGAACAAGUAUAGAAAAAAAGUCAAGGACUUUGCCCCCGGCGGCUCCGUCAUCCAGCACACAAUCUUCUUCAAAGACCAGAUUUCUCUUCUUUGGCAGAAAAAAGGCGGGCUCGUCCGACAACACCGCAAGCAUCGAAGGACGCACCGACAGCAAACACGGGAAAUCAAGCAGAAAAGGGCCGGUGGCGGGUACUGGUCACGAGGGCUACGGUCGUGUCGGGGCCGUUCGAAGGCGAAGUGGCAGCGGCCCAGCGUUACCCCGUAGUGUCACAGAUCCUUUGGCGUCUUGUUCUAGUCUUGGUAGCUCGGACUCUUUCCUGGCUGACAGAAUGAACCCCGUCGUUAUCUCUGGCGGAGAGGUGAUUCAGAAUCGAAACGCAAGCUCGGAACUUUUCCGCUCUGGGAGCAAUCAGAGCAUAAUGGGUCGGCCAAGUACCGAUUCCAAAGUUUCUUCUGAGGGCUCAUCCAUUUUUAGGCACCAUCCGGCAUCGCCAACUGGAGCGUCCGCUGCAACUCGUGGGCCGACUUUACGUCGAGCUUCUCAAGGCAGCCAGUCCGAGAGAGUCGCUAUGGAGUCGACACUCGCCUUCAGGCGCUCUGUUCAUAGGCUAAGAUCCUCCCCCGACAACCCGCUGCGCCUUCCUCAACCCAUUGACACAAGCGUGCACACACCUUCGCCACCCAUGACGAGUUUGGAUACGAGCAUCUUGUCAGAUGAAUCCUUCAAUGACCUGCACCGAGAUCUAUCCCGGGACUCAGACGCGUCCAAGAAGCUACAGAAGAAGCUACAGUCACCCCGAAAAUACAAAUGGAAUCUCUUUGGCCGCUCGCAAGGCCAAGCCAAUGACAAAACAGCAAAAGGGAUCGAGCAGGUGGGAGCUCAUUUCAAGAUGGUUGAGAAGCGCCCUGUUGCAUUUUACGCCAUUCUUGAUGCGUCUGGACGGGAUGAAAUCGAACCCACCGAUAUCCAGGAAGUCUUGAGGGAUGCGGAUGUCUACAGAAAGUCGCCGAGACUUGUCAACAACGAUGGUGAAAAGUUUUCAUUGCCGCAAACUUGUCUUGGCGACUCAAGAGUUGAUUCGGCACCACCAAUUUUGUGGCAUGCUUCACCCAACCACUUGUCCAACACAACGCUUGGCUCCUCUUCGGCAACGGAUUGGUUUGGUCGCACCAUGGCAGAAGCACCGUACGUCGGUGGCAAAAGGAGCCGCCUUCCGCAAGUUGGCAGGAUUCCACCCGUCGUCAAGACGCGAUCAGAGACUGGCUCACCUCGAAGCUUUUCCAAGCCGUUUUGGGCAAGCCCUCAGCCAGGAGUUAAACCUCGGACAGAAAUACACGACCCAGAAUCGAUUGCUACAGGUCCCACUCCACCCAAGCUAACAACGCCUCCUCCCGAUUCAACAGCAGGAGAUCGGACAUCUCCUGAGAGCAGGACUGUCACGGUAUUGCACGGGAACUCGAGUCAGACGGUGUCACCCGGCCCCGGACAAACAGACAAGGAGUUUUUAUCCUUCUCACCCCGAAAGAACUCAAACGGCACGAUCUACGCCAGCUCCUGUAGCUCCGGAGCAGCGAAUCCCUUUGCUACGGCAACGGCGGUCAUUCCCAAGCCAGACGAUCCUCCCGCGGAGGACGAAGUUUGGGAUGAAUACAACGACCUGCUUGGGGAAGAGUCGACAAAGGGGACUCAAUCCGCUACCUCCUCCAAAGGCAUCCCAUUUCCCUGGGAAAGGUACCUGAAUCAGUUGUCUGAGGGCAAGGAGGCCCUUGAGUCUCCCAUAAUCGCCGCCAAUAGCGGCAAGACAUCGACGUGCUCGAAAGCACCCACCCACUCCAGCUCCCACAGCGCUGACAUGACUGAGCACAUCCGGACCGUCUUGCAGCCAAAGCCAAGCCCUUCUUCGACGGUCAUGUCGGUUCCUAUGAAGCAAAAGAGAGUGCAACGUGACACGCAAGCGAAACCCGCGAAAGAGAUGGCAUUGAAGAGGGACAGUGCAUCAUCAGGCCGAACCACGUUCUCGGACCGUACUUCGUGUUCGUCAAACGACGCAUCACCUCUGGCUCAAGUGAACUUGCGCGUUGGAUCGAUGACGGUUAGCAAGUGGCUAACCUUUGGCCAUGUGCUAUUCAGCGACAUCCGACAUGGACUCUCGCCUACCAAAAACUCGCUAAAGCAUCAUUCCGUCCUGGUGAUUGACGGUCUCGGCAAUGACGACUGGUCUUUUUACGCCGCCGAGACGUAUCCGGGAGCAUCAUUUUACAACCUGUCACCCCGGGCUCCUCUUCCUGCCGAACUCGGGAAUUCUCCCACCGGGUUUCCUUUGAGCCCCCCAAACCACCACCAAAUACAAUACAUGUCGCACUCGGAAAAGUUCCCCUUUGCCCCGCAAAGCUUUGACGCUCUGGUAUACCGAUUCCCCGUCGUUGCGCCCGAGUCGCACUAUCGAAACAUACUGAGCGAAGCCAGGCGGGUUCUGCGACCGAACGGCUACAUUGAGCUGUCCAUCUUGGACUCGGACCUCAACAACAUGGGCAAUCGGGGGCGACGCAGCAUCAGGCGGCUGAAGGAGCAGAUACGACUAAGAAUCCCCGACGCGACUUUUGCCUCUACCCCUGAUCUAGUUGUGCGGCUGCUGGGCAGGGUUGGCUUUUCAAACAUCAAGGCCGCUCGUGUCGGGAUUCCCGUAGCCACUUGCAUUACACGCUCUCGUCACGUUGAAAAGGACAAGCAAGACUCUGGCGAGAAGAGGAGCCGGCCGAGCUUGGCGGAGAUGAUGAGUGACAAUGGUCCUUUGGCAGAUGAGAACAUUACCAGGAUGGUCACCCGGGUUGGACGCUGGUGGUACACUAGGUGCUAUGAGAACGCCGCUGGCAACAAGAGUAUAUGGAACGACAAGGCUCUGCUGUCAGAAUGCGAGCAGUCGGGCACCAGCCUAAAACUUAUGGUAUGCUGCGCAAGAGUCCCAGACCGCGUCACCACCAGCCUUUAG